UAGCUAUAGGCUUGUUUGUAACCGACCAACUGGCUAUAUAUAUAUCCGAACUUUAAUGUGUGUAAUUAAGAACAAUUCGGAGAGAAUGGAAAGUAAGAGUGAGAUUGUGAUGAUUCCAUGUUUUGAUUUUUGCAAGGGUGGAGUGGCAUUAGAAGAAGGGGGUGAGGAGUGGAGGGAAAUGAGCAAGAAAGUGAUAGAAGCAUUAGAGAGUCACGGUUGUUUCCUCUUGACAUGUGAUGAGAUGAUCCCUAAGAAUGUGAGUGAAGAGUUCUUCAACCAAAUGGAAGCACUGUUUGAUUUGCCUGAAGAAACAAAGAAGAAGCACACGAGUUCAAAGCCUUAUAGCAGCUACAAUGGCAAGAGUCCUGUCAUUCCUCUCUGUGAAAGCUUUGGGAUCGAUGAAGUUCCUCUCUCAGAUGCUGCUGAGACAUUCACUAACCUCAUGUGGCCUCAAGGAAACCCAUCUUUCUGUGAGAUACUGAAGAUAAUGAGCUCAAAGAUGCUUGCACUAAGCUUUAUCAUUCUGAAAAUGAUUGUGGAGGGUUAUGGCCUUCCACAACAUUACAUUUGUGAUGUUGAAAACAUGAAGAGCUCUUGCAAUUCACGAUUGAUCAAGUACAAGGUUCCUGAAAGCAAUGAUGACUAUAAGACUGCCUUGUUAUCUCACACCGACAAAAAUAGCUUAACUCUUUUAUGCCAAAACGAAGUGCAAGGGCUUCAAGUGUUAUCCAAAAAUGACAAAUGGAUUGAAUUGGAGAUACCCCGACAUGGCUUUGUGGUCAUUGUUGGUGACAUACUAAAGGCAUGGAGCAAUGGGAGGCUUCAUGCAGUCACACAUAGAGUGGUGAUGAAUGGAGACAAAGAGAGAUACUCAUUUGGAGUUUUUGCAAAGCCAAAGGAAGAGAUGAUCAUUGAGGUGCCCUCUGAGUUAGUGGAAGAAAAACUUCAUCCCCUUCGUUAUCGUCCGUUCAAUUAUGGAGAGUAUUUAUACUACUUUGUUACAACUCUCCAAGAAAAUGCUCUUCAAGUGUUUGCUGGUCUUUGAGAGAGAUUUAUGAUACAAGCUCUUUGUAGAAGCAAGCCAAGCUAUCCAAGAUUGCAACAUAUAUCUACUCCUUUUAUGCAAAUAAUUAGACCGAUUUCUAUAUUAUUAUUAUUAUUAGUGGAGA